UUUUGUCAUGGGUGCACAUAGUACAGUAGCAGGGUAUAAAAGGGUCACCAUUUCCUCCUCUGGGUAUCUCUUCUGUUAGGCUGUGUGUGACAGAGUGGGCCUUGAUGAUGAAGAUCUGCAUCUUGGGGUUGCUGGUGCUGGGGUGCGUGCACGGUGCACCCGUGAAAGAAGACCUGAAGCCGCAGUCAUGUGACGAUCCACACGCCGUAAAAGCUGCUCAUGUGGCUCUGACGAAGAUCAACAUGGAGCGGAACGAUGGCUACAUCUUCAGCCUGCACCGCCUGUCCAACGUUCACCAUUCCAUGCACGGAGAGAACGGUGUGGUUUAUUACCUGACUAUGGAUGUUGUGGAGACAAACUGCAGCGUUCUUAGCAGGAAGGACUGGAAGCACUGUGAGGCUCGUCCAACCAGCGACCAGCCGGUUUAUGGACAAUGCAAAGCAGCCAUCUUCAUCAAUAAGGUGCACAGAGUGGAUCGUCUCUACAAAUACGACUGUGUUAUCAAACCAGUUCCUUCUGCCAGAGUGUCAGCGCUGUGUCCUGACUGUCCAACUUUAAUAAGCCCAGACAAUGAACAGGUCCAGAAGACUUUGUCUCUUUCCCUUGACAAGUUCAACAAGGAAAGUGGGCUGAAAAAUCGUUUUGACAAGCUUAAGAUCACACGCGCACGCGCCGGGAUGGCCAUGCAGAUGUAUUAUAUUGUGGAGUACACCAUCCAGGAGACCACCUGUGCCCACAACACAGAGGGAACUGAAAAGUGCCCACUCAUGACGUGCGAGUUUGCUCACAAGGGCUUCUGCAAGGCUUCCCUAUACAGCCUUCCAGACAAUGAGCAAAGCAUUAAUGUGGAGUGUGAGAUCUAUGAGCCUGAGGCCUCUGAGAGAGAAAAGAAGGCACAUCUGUUGGGCGGAGAGACUGACCACAGCCACAAUGACACGCACGGCCAUGACCACUCUACAUUGCCCGACCAUGACCACGCCCACGACCACACCAAAGUCCACCACCAUCACAACAAGACCCAUGAGGAAGCCGACUCCCACGACCACCACCACUCACAUGACCACAAACCAGGCAGUGCCUACAGGCACAGCCACGACCAUUCCCACGAGCACGGAGUCAACCAUGAUCACGAGCACUCACACCACACCUCUGCACAUAACCACACCGGCGACUUUCCCAACCACCACCAUGACUACAAGCAUGCUGAGGGCGUGCACACCCAUGACCAUGACCACGAGCUCGCCCUGGACCACGAGCACAAGCAUGCUCACCUGCAUGACCAUGAGCAUCACCAUCAUCACCACGGCCAUGGCCAUGAGACCACGCCCCACGACACACCAGUGGGCAGCGUGAGGGUGCUAACUGAUGGGCCCAUGAUCCUGCCUUCCUUUCCAGACCAACCAGCAGCCGGACCCCACCCUGGCGUCACCCUGCCUCUCAGGCCUGACCCUCAAAUCCCAGGGGCCCAUGAGCCUAUCAUCCAAGCCUUCCCACGUGGAAUUUCACACGAAUGCAAAGCCCCAGAAGUAAAAAACAACUUAGUAGACCAGCUCUUUGCUGAGGACCCCACCUUCAAACCCUCUGCAUAAAAAUCUCUUAGAAAUAUCCUUUUGUGGAGAAGGCGGGGGUUAGAAACUCCUUAAAACCGUGUCAUUUAUAUUCAUCAUACUGAUUGACAAUGAAACACAAGCUGACAGCCUCCCGUGCAUAUGUCUGGAACCUGUAAAUUUUCCCAUUUCUUAGUUUAAUAAAGUUUUAAAAAAAGAUGUUUCUUAAAUGUUUUUCUGUUGAAAUAAACUCAUUAAAAAUUUCAAAAA